AUGCCUUAUUUUUUUCACCCUUUCGAAAAACGAUUUUGGUUAGCCAAACGCUUUUUGGAAGAACUGAUUCAAAACAGACGUGUUGUGUAUGUGGCCCUGGAGUACCAGCCGAAUGGUGACCUGCGUUCCUACCUGAGAAAUGCACGAUCCCCGGCGGACGAUAGUCGUUCGUCCUUGUCGGCUGUGAUACUGCUUCAGUUUGCUGUGGGCGUGGCCAAAGGAAUGCAGCAUGUUGCUGCAUCUGGAGUAAUCCAUCGUAAGUUGUCGGCACGAAACAUUCUUCUGGAUAAUAACCUGGUUGCCAAGGUAUCCGGGUUCGGACAAGCAAGAUGCACGGAUGCCAUAGUCGAGAAAUCCAAGGUGUCUCUUCCUCCACGCUGGCUGUCUUUGGAGUCACUGAAAACCAACACCUACACCUCAAAGAGCAACGUCUACGAACUGAUGCUGCAGUGUUGGCAGGAGGAUCCCAAUGACCGACCUCCAUUCAAGAAACUGGCAUUGGUCCUGAAAACGAUGGAUCACAGCCACAACAAGCAAAGAUACAUGCAGAUGCUUCCAAUGUCUGAGUCCAAGCAUUACUUGACCAUCCAACCUGAUCAGGAUGACAACUAG